UCCGGAUGGAUAGAAUUGUAGUAGCGUUCCGCUGCGCUAUCCUCAACAGGUCUUUUACCGUAAAGCAAAAGGGGCGCCACCCGCCUGCACUCGGGUGCGCCCCGGUUGCACCUUCAUUGUUUUCUUGUUGUGCGAUUCUUCGACACGGGUCUUUCUAUCAUUUCCUUCAGUUCGCUUAUUUCUUUUAAUUUAAAGUUUUCAGAUAUGGGAAAAUCAUCUCAUAAAUCUAGGAAAAGAAGAAGGAUUUCAUCUUCGGACCGGAUUGCGGGUUUAGAGAGAAAGAUGUCACGAUUAAUUGACAUUCUCUCCCAGAGUGAGGUUAGGAGGCCCCGAUGUCCCUCCCCGCAGGGUCACGCAUUGAGACAAAGGAGGUCUCUGUUACAAGAUCCUUCUCGGAUCCGGAUCUAUUGACUCCCCAGGAGUCAGCGGACCCUCCAGGUGUGUAUGAAUACUGCUGGAUCUGUAUUUGCGAAAUACAGGCGGCAUGACGACACAGCCUUUUUCCCUGUCAUAAUUGCAGACGGUUUAUUGCGUUUUCCAAUGGCAGGUGAGGCAGGUGAGGUGGAGACACUCCCUGCACAGCCUGAUGUCUCUCUCGAAAAUAGUUCGCCACCGCCUAUAGCGGACAUAGCCGAGGACGAUACCGGCUCUCUUGUCAGGUAACUGUUUGGUGAUCGUGAGAAUGAGGAGUUUUCACCCUGGGAGGACAUCGUGAUCCAGACGUGGCGAGACCUGACUCGUGGAGGUUUGGCAACCAAUCAGCGCGAGUUACUUGUAAAGAAAUACUCCCCUCCAGAGCCCAUGGCUUUUCUUAAGGCCCCUGUAUUAAAUCAGGAAUGCAGGGUCGCCCUCAAGAAUAAUGCGGUAGUCAAAAGAGACGAUUUUGCGGGGAAAAAUCAGGAUCAAGCAGGUAUAGCCCUCUGCGCCUUGGGCGAGGACAUUUCGGAUUUUCUCAGGCCAGCUACCCGGGAUUCUCUCAGCCUCGAAGCUCGCCUAGCUAUCGCUAAGGUCAAUGACAGAGCAAAGAUUUUGGCGGAUCUUUUUCACCGGCUUUCUCGGGCCAGACGAGCGCAAAUUACACCUGCGCUUAACCUAACUGCCAAGACCACGGCGGAUGCUAUCCCAUCCGACGAGCUUCUAUUUGGUUCCUCGUUCGGUGAGCAGAUUAAAAAAGCAGCUUCCAUGCAAAAGACGUCCAAGGACAUAGUUAGGACUCCGCUUGCGGUAAAUAGAAGAGUGCAACAGCCAAUGUCACAACCAUUACGGGUGGCUCCAUACAGAUCGGGAAAUGCCCGAGCCCCUGCGUCUCACACAAGGACGGCGACAAAGAGAUCAGGGGCGAGCACCAGUCGCCGGUCAUACCGAGCCAGAUCUCAGUCGAGGUCGAGGAGGCAUUAAGCGGAGAAGAGGUAAUAGUGGGCGGUAGGUUAGCCCUUUUCUUGCCCCAUUGGAGGCAGAUCACUUCUGAUCCAAGAAUUUUAGAGGCUAUCUCGGGCUACAAGCUGCCUUUCACGGGACAACUGCCCGCUCAGGCCAUCAAGCCCUUUGUCCAUUUAUCUCUGUCUGAGGAGCAGAUCUGCUCUCAGGAGAUCUCCAGGCUUCAAAGUAGGGGAGCAAUUGAGAGGGCUAUAGACUGCGAGAAUCAAUUUCUGUCUCCGUAUUUUGUAAUUCCCAAAUCUUCUGGGGGUUGGAGAUUUAUUCUCAACCUGAAACACUUGAAUCGCUUUAUCUUUGCUCCGCAUUUCAAGUUAGAGGACUGGAAGACCGUAAUUUGCCUCAUCUCGCCGGGUGAUUAUCUAGCCUCUAUUGACUUGGAGGACGCAUAUUUGUUGGUGCCCAUUUAUAACAAACACAGAAAGUUCUUACGCUUUCGUUUUCAAGGUCAACUCUUUCAGUUUAGAGUUUUACCUUUUGGCCUUGCCUCGGCUCCCUAUAUAUUCACGAAGAUUUUAAAACCGAUGGUAUCUUCCGUUAGAGUAAGAAACUUCUUUUCUGUAAUCUACUUGGAUGACUUCCUCUUAGUUGCGGCAUCAUAUGAUCAAUGCCUAGAUAACAUCUCCACUACAAUGGAAUUGUUAUCUUCUCUAGGUUUUCUGAUUAACAAACGCAAGAGCGUUCUGCUUCCCUCAAGAUCUUGUCAAUUUCUGGGUUUCGUUUUUGACACGGACUCCUUUUCAGUUUCCAUUCCUCCGGACAGGAGAAAGAAGCUUCUUCAGAAAACUUUGGAUAUGUUAUCCAGGAACAGUUGCAGAAUUCGCCAUUUAGCAAGCUAUAUUGGUUCCUUGAUUUCUGUUUGUCCAGCGGUUCAGUACGGUAUGUUACACACAAAAAUUUUAGAAAGGGAAAA